AUGCCCAAGCAAAAAUCUCAAAGUACUAUUCGAGCUCGCGCCAAAAGGACGGUUGAAAAAAACAAGAAGAACUCACUUCAUCCACUUCUCAACGCACGAGCUGCGAAGAAAGCCAAGCUGACCAAAGAAUAUGGUCUACCGGCCGAUUCGAAGUUUCUCUUCUUUAAGAAAGGAAGAAAAUAUGGCCGACCUCGAUUUCGACUUACCUAUGGUACCGUGGUAUGCCUAGAUGCCGAUACAUCCGAACUUCUUCUUAUUGCUCGUUUUAACGAGCGGAACGAAUCGAACAAAAAGUUGUUUGCGUUGUUCGAUCAUGCCAUCAGCACCGCGUACACACACUCUACGGCCCGUAAUUUGAUUGAUAUCAAUGGUGCUUCUUAUAAGGAGAAGCGUAGAUCAAGAAAGUAUGGUAAAAUGUACGCGUUUGGAAUGCGAGCAGGUUUUGAGAAAGAAUGCUUGGCUUUGACAGCUUCAUAUUCAUGGAACGAGCAAACUUCUCGUGACCUUGCCAAGAUGCAGGAAGAUCUAGAAUGUCAAGAAAAUCUACUGGAGAUUGAGAAUUUCUUCGCUGAACGAUUUUCAGGACUGUCUUCCUACGCUUUUCAAUCCAACGCCGACCUUGCUAAAGCUACAAAUGCCCCUUCCUGGGCUGGCGAAUCUUUCUAUGUCUCGCCUAAUGCCACGGUCUUUUCAUCCAACGUAACAGUAACUUUCGAUCAAUUUACCAACAAGAAGCAUAAGGACCGUGAUGCUACGGAGUAUGCCUUUGGUUUCUUCAGCUUGAUUGAUCGGAAGACUGGAGGACUUUACGAACGUGGACCUAGUGCACCAAGGGGAAAUGUAUUAGGGUCAUGUUUUGUUCUUGAUGAUUAUAAUCUUGAAGUCGAUCUGGAUGCAUGCGAUGGAGUUAUUGAACUAUUGUGGCGUACUAAGGUUCACCAUCGCACGACACCUUCAAAAACCUUCAAUGCACGAAAGGAAGUCAUCGCUCCAGAACUUGCCGAGGUAAGACGCUUUGCUUGCUCUGUUCAGAUUUCGCAAGCUUUGGUAGAUCGAAUCUCAAAAGUGUAUGAAAUGCGAGAGGGUAUGACAUCAGAGAAGUGGGUUGAGUAUCGUGAUUCAAAGCUCCAUGGCUGGGGAUUUGAGGCACGAAAGAAAAUGAAGGCACUUGCAAUUAAACAUGGAGUCUGGGAUGACAGCUUCUAA